GGUUUGUGCAAUGAAUUAUUCUUGCUCCAGAUCCAGCAUGAUUUAAGCCGAUCUCCGGGGUUUCCUAUUCACUUUUAAAAUCCACCUCUACUUUAAAGCGUUGAAAAAGGCACUAAAGGCAACUGAUGAUCAGAGGAGCAGCGAGGAUCAGUGAGCAGGCAAGGCGGCUUUACUUUCGAACUGAGUGAUCAUUACAAAAUACUGGGCAAGGAUGGGGAACACCGAACCGCUUUCGGGAAUUUCGGAUUAAGGAGGAAGCAGAGCUGAGCGUGCUUUUUUUCAAACCCUGGAUCUGAUUUUUUUUUUGGAGGAUUAUUUUUUCACUUACAAAAUGCCAUUUGCCAAAAGGAUCGUGGAACCCCAAUUGCUAUGCAGGCAUGUCAUUCCCAACGAGGAGGGUUUGCUUUUUGAGGAUCUGUGCUCGAUCAGUAACGUGGCUCUAUCCCGGACCCUGAGACAGCUCUCCGACCUGGCCAAACAUGCCUGUUCGUUAUUUCAGGAGCUGGAAAAUGAGAUUAUUUCCACGAAUCAGAGGGUAUGGGCAUUGCAAAGUAAAAUCAGCAGGAUCCAGCAAACUGCCAGCAGCCUGGAUCCAAAGCAGGAGGCAGUGCCUGUAUCAAACCUGGACGUGGAAAGCAAGCUAACAAAACAUUAUCAGGCUCCUUGGCACCAGCAACGCAAUGUGUUCCAUCCUUCCACUAGGCCGCCCUGUAUCCAGGAGCUUCACCGGCAUGCAAAGCAGAACCUGCGAGCACUCCAUCGAGAGCAACUACAAAGACAACGUGCCAGCAGCAGAGAGCGCAGAGUGACUAUUUCCAUUUCGGUGGCUCCACCAAUGCCAGCUUUCCCCUCGCCGCGUACCUUGAGGAAACAUGAACACAGAAGCAGGCACUUGAGAACGGAGAGAACGGGCAGGGAUCUAGAAUUUCAUCUGAUACAAAGAAAGGAGAGACCAAUAAGGGAGUCUGACUUUCAGCCGAUACAAAGAAAGGAGAGACCAGGAAGGGAUGCAGAAUUUCAUCAUUUGCAAAGAAAGGCUGUUCCCCCCUCAGAUGCAGACACUGAUGUUAUCACUUUAGGACACAGGCCAAAAUGUCCAGUCCCUAAUAUUCCUUCGACACUGGAUAAGCAGACCAACUGGUCCAAAGUACUACCUCUACCAACCCCAGAGGAGAAAAUGAGAAUAGAAUCACAAGUGAUAUCAUCGUGCAUUAUUCCCAUUAAUGUCACUGGGGUUGGUUUUGACAGAGAAGCCAGUGCCCGUUGUUCUCUUGUUCAUUCUCAGUCUGUACUGCAGAGGAGACGGAAGCUAAGGAGAAGAAAAACCAUUUCAGGCAUUCCUCGCCGCGUGCAGCAAGAAAUAGAUUCUGAUGAGUCUCCAGUAGCAAGAGAGCGAAACGUCAUUGUGCACAUAAAUCCUGAUUUCUCCCUUUGUCGUGAAGAACUCAACUCCCUUAAUGGACGCUCAAAUACAAAGGACUCAGGGUGCCAGACAGAUGACAUACUGAUUUCUGCUCCCUCCAGAAGACGGAUACGAGCACAGCGAGGUCAAGGCAUACCAGCCUCUCUCUCACACUCCACUGGAAAUAUCACAACACUAGCCGACAACUCUGACAUAAUGUUCCAAACUUCAGCAGGUAGCCGACUACGUUCAAGGAGUCUUCCCCGAGAAGGGGGUAGAGUUGUUGAUGAAGAUCAUGACAGUGAUGAGGAGCUCUCACCAUAUGAAACUGAAGAGUUCCUGCCAGGACCUGAGAGAGUCAGAAAAGAUGAGGAAGAAAGUACUGAUGACCAAACUGUGCCAGAACAUCAACUCAUCAGCUUAAAGUGUAAGCAGCAUGUUAGCAGUCCAGACCACAACUGGAAUGAAAGAGGGAGAUCAAGACUUCCACGGAAAGCUGAUAUGGGCAGCUGUGAAAUUUCUUCCAGCUCAGAUACUUUUAGCAGCCCCAUCCAUUCCAUUUCUACAACUGGAGUGCUUGGGAGUCAGAUAGACCACAAAGAAGACCACCAGUCCUCAAGUGGUAACUGGAGUGGAAGCAGUUCAACUUGCCCCUCACAGACUUCAGAAACCAUCCCUCCUGCUGCUUCCCCUCCCUUGACAGGAUCCUCACACUGUGAUUCGGAGUUGUCCCUAAACACUGCUCCCCAUGCUAGCGAUGAUCCCACUGGCUUCAUAAUUGACCCCUACCCAAAUGAAAAAAUCAGAGGACACAGAGCAAGUUCCUUUACCUCCACAGGAACAGACCUGCUGGACGACCCUAGUAUGAGUAACGCAAGUGAUGGAGAAUGGAAUUAUCUGCAUCAUCAGCAUGACAAGUCCUGUCGUCAGGAUUUUAGUCCAGAGCACACACGAGAAGAUGACGGGGGCUUGGAAUGUCCAAGUUUUACCAGCAUGGCCACCUAUGAAAGCUUUAUGGACAAGCCAUCAUCUGAGAAAGCAGAUACAAGCUCUCAUUACUCUGUGGACACAGAAGGUUAUUAUACCUCCAUGCACUUUGACUGUGGUCUUACACCUAGCAAAAGCUACAUUUACAACUAUGCAGCAAUGGGCCUCGACUGCGGCCAAAGCGUAAAUGUUGCACCUAGCAUAAGUGGAUACCAUCAGCAAGAUUACUCGGGUCACAGAGCACCAGGAAAGCCAAGUCUUUCCUUUAAAAAACCAAAGGUGAAGCCAACCCCACCAAAACGUAGUUCAUCGUUAAAGAAAACUUGUAGUGGUGCAAAUGUUCCUGAUAAGAAAGAACCAAAGAUAACUAGUGGGCAGCACCUGCCUUUGUCUUCCAGGGAAAUGAAACUACAGCUUGACCUGGCUGGCUCCCCAGGCCAGCUAGAGAACCAUAUUUUAGGUGAUGAACCAGUAGAGCCCUGGGAAAUAGCAAAUGCUGAUGAGCUGACAGACUGUACCCCAUUCGGCUCUACGGACAACCACUCUUUUAAAGAAGAAGGUGCUGUACAGUCUGACUAUGCAGACCUCUGGCUGCUUAAUGACUUGAAAUCCAAUGAUCCUUACAGAUCAUUGUCCAAUUCCAGCACAGCUACGGGUACAACAGUCAUUGAGUGCAUCAAGUCCCCAGAGAGCUCCGAAUCGCAAACAUCCCAGUCAGGAUCAAGGGCCACCUCUCCAUCUCUUCCUUCAGUGGAAAGUGAGUUCAAGCUUGCAUCUCCAGAAAAGCUAGCUGGUCUGGCAUCACCCUCUAGUGGGUACUCCAGCCAGUCAGAAACGCCAACUUCUUCCUUUCCCUCGGCUUUCUUUCCUGGACCCUUAUCUCCCACCAGUGGUAAGAGAAAGCCAAAAGUUCCUGAGAGGAAAUCUUCGCUCUCUUCCCUACAACAUCAGCCACCUUCCUCCAGGGAUGGAAGCGCCUCAUCCAGGAAAGAUCUUGAGCUACCAAUUAUACCUCCAACCCAUCUUGACCUAAGUGCUCUUCACAAUGUUAUCAACAAGCCUUCAGCUCACAGAAACCAGAUUCACAUUCUCCAUCAAAAUAAGCAAAAGGCUGCAGCAGCAGCUGCUGCUGCUGCAGCAGCGGCCAUCUCCUCAGCCGCUUCUGACACUUCAGCCUCUGGUCCUUCAGCUAACCUUGCCAUUACUCCCACUGUUCUCCGAUCUGUACAGCUGCGAUCUGUCUCAAAGCCCAGUGAAAGCCUACGAGACAAACUCAAAGCUGAAUCUGCUACCAGGCAGAGAUGCUCCACUGUGACAAUCGUCACCCCCCCAUCCAGUAACACAAAAUCACCGGAAUCUAAAAAACCAGCUGCGGCCCACAGAUCUUUUGAGCCCUGUUCUCAGGAGUCCCUUCUAACGCUGUUAACUCCAGGUGAUGGACCCUCUGCAAGGGAUGUAGCAUUUCAGGACAGCUCUGCUUAUAAGCAAGAUACAGUUGCUUCCAAACCUUUAGGAGCUGUUGCAAAUGAAACCCUUACAGACCUGUCAUGCAUGACAGACAAUCUCUUACUGAAAUUGCCAUUUCAGACUGAGGUGGAUAAUCCAGGAAUCAGCCUUCAGAAAUCCCCAGAUGACACUGCAGAACUGUCUGGGGCUGGAGCAUACAUUGAAGAAGAAGUACAGGAAGAUGAAGAAGAAGAAGAAGAAGAGGAAGAAGAGGAAGAAGAAGAAGACGAUGAAGAAGAAGAAGAAGAAGAAGAAGAAGAAGAUGAAGAGGAAGAAGAAAGGAAUGCUUUAAAGAUUAUAUUUCCUAGUGACAACCUAGCGACUGUGCACAAUCAGCCAUCAAGACCGGAGCCAGCCACUGAAAUCCCACUAGUGUGUCUGAAAAACGAAGGCUCACCCCCUAUUCCCAAUGAUAUAGCAAAGAAGCUUGACUUUGGUCCUAGCAACAGUUUUGAUAAAGUGCCUGUAAUUAUUACUUAUCAAUCAGAAACAUCAGACGCUUACACAAUCAGUGAUAUAAGUAAAGAACAGGAAUAUGAAGUGACAUCAGGUGUUCCUACCAGAAGUGCCUCAGAGGACAGCAGGGAAGAGGGAACAACUCCAGACUAUGAUGAUUCCUUCAGCAAAGAAUCUUCUCCAAGUGACAGCUCGCUUUCUCCUUUGAGUGAAGAUGCAAAGGUGGAUAGUGAUAAUGUUUUUGUAUCUCCUAACAAGCUACGCACUACAGAGGACCUUUUUGCCAUGAUUCACAGAUCUAAAAGAAAAGUUCUGGGAAGAAAGGAUUCGGGAGAUCUAUCAGUGCGAAAUCGUCUGAGUGCUACAUCUGCCAGCACCCCUGGGACACCCACUGGGUCUCAGAGGACCCCAGGACCCAUAUACAGGAGUGCCAAAAAGUCAAGCACCUCGAAUGAGGAGUUCAAACUGCUGCUUCUGAAGAAGGGCAGCCGCACAGAUUCCAGUUACAGGAUGUCAGCCACAGAGAUCCUGAAAAGCCCCAUCUCUCCUAAAUCCCCUGGUGAUCUCACAGCAGACUCUCCCAAGUAUCUAGAAGACUAUUCUGCUUUCCCACAGUCACUCUGUGCAGUCGAGCAGCCUGUCACUCCCUCUGUCUCUGCAGCUGCCAGUGCCUCUCCUAAAGUAAAUGCAGAAGUGUUCUCCCCCAAAACAUUCUCAAUGUCUGCUUCCUCUAGGCAAGGUCGGUCUCGGAUCCCCCCUGCUGCAAACAGCAGUCGCUACAGCAUGCGCAGCCGCCUGUAUACUACACCAAUGCAGGCCAUCUCCGAAGGAGAAACUGAAAAUUCAGAUGGUAGUCCUCAUGAUGACCGGUCCUCUCAGAGCUCCUCCUAGAAAAUAAAUUAGGCACCUGUGAAAGAAGGGGAUUCCACAGAAAUAUGACUACCUACAAAAUAUUUGAAAAUGUGCAUUACAAAAAUUCCUCUCAUUUUGCAGGUUGUACUACUUGAGUGCUUGACACUAAUGGAAGAAAAUGGAAAAAAACGUCUUUUUUAAACUUUAAGUUGGAAACAACUGGCAAUAUGUUUUUUGUUUUAUAUAAAAUGACGAAUUUCACUAUGGAAAGCAUUAAAUGCAUCGUUUUCCAACUAUUUUAAAUUCUAGUCACAAUCUACAAUGCUAUUUCUGUAUAAAUGUUAUAAUAAAUCAAAUAUUUAAAAAAAAGAUAACAUUUUGCAGACUAAACACUGGUAGAGAGGGCACACCCCUUUUGCUAACAGCAUAUGUUCUAUUUUUUAUAGCACAGAAAAUGUUUGAAUUGAAAGGGAGCCAUACUAAGUAUUUUAAACAGAACCAGGUAGCCUUCUGAAAGUAUGUACUGAAAAGAACACAGUUGACAUUUGUUUCGUAAAACCCAGGUCCCCAUAUCUGCACGAUGAAGCAUUUGCAUAGAAUUAAUGAUAACGGGGGGUGGAAAAAGGAGGCUUUCAGAGCUCUGGAGUCAAUUUAAAGCAGGGAGGGUGGGGGUGAUCACUUUGAACAUAUCUUUGCACUUGAUAUACUUACUCUUUGAGUAAUUGCUUGCCAUUACUUUAUUGGAAGUGAAGAGAGGACAAGAAGACUUGCAGGCAAGAAGAACCUCAGUUGCACUCAUUAAAGUCGACUCGCGUGGUUUAGCUGGUUCUGUCCUGUCGGACGCUAUUGCACGGUACAAAACAGGCUGUGGAACCUUUUUGCAUUUUAAAAGCUGAAAGUUGUAUGUUUCUCCUUAGAGGUUUAAAUCCUAUCUCAUCUUGAGAAUACAAAAUAGAAUUAACUUUUAAGUGCGGAAAUUUACUGCUGCAAAUUAUUACUUGACUUACUGUAUCUUGUUACAUUUACAUGGGUGGGGUAAUAGAGACUACAUGAACUAUGAUGUAUUCUGUGAAUACCAUUGCAAUAGUAAACACUGUUAAUUAGUUUUAGUGGUUGUCUGGUUGAUGCCAUUUUAUGAGAGGGGCAUAAUUACAGAAAAAAAAAAACUCAGAGAAUCCAAACUAAUUUGUAGAAACGACACUGUGCAAGUUUAAGGGAGGAUAAGCUGUGAAGCACAUAGAUGCACCAUUCAUUGAUGCCAUCAUCUGCACCGGAAAACAAAAAUGUGGCUCUGCUGGUUGUUAACUUUCAAGAACUUUUAUGGAAAGUAUGCAAUAAAAAACAAAUUGAGAUUUCAGAAAACCACUACUUAAAGUGUUAACUAAUAUCAUGAAUUAAGGAACUCUUGUUUUCGAUCACUUGAAUUUAUAUGACCGGCAUAGUAAGUAGCUGUACAAAAAUUUUUGGUAGCAUUUUUUUCUAAUGUAAAUUGGAGUGGGAUUAUCUGUUAAGUGAAUAAAACUGGACAAUCUUUUUUUGUUGCUGUUUUUCAAUUACAGUAUAGUGGAAGCAGAAAGUUGAAUUAAUUUGGGGAUGUUAAUUAGACUGUGAUUUAAGUACGUAGUGAAAAUUUGGAGAGGUUAUUUGAAAGUCCCAGUAUGGUGAGAACAGAAUGGAGGGGAGAAGGUACUCUUAAGGAUUAUGUGUGCUUGCCUUCGGAAAGUGAGAUAUAUGGUAAGGACAAAUAAAAGUGGUAAUCCCGCACAAGUAGUAUCUCUAUCAUUCCUUCUAAUUAACUGAAGGCUGUGGCAAAUGAUAAAAUUAUAAUUUUUCAGACAAUUUGAAGAAACAGUCAUGGACGCAGAGCUUUCAUAGUUUCAGCAGAUAAUACUUUUGCCAUUUUUUAGGACAAUAAAAUUGUUUGAAAAUUGAUAGGAAAAUGAACAUAAAGUAACAUUUUUAAAACUACUUAAUCCAAUGUAGGGUUGGGGGGAGGGGGUACAAAAUUGUAAUGCAAAAAUAUGUUCCAAUUACAUUACACUCACUAUAUGGCUAAAUUGUCAUUUUAAAAAUUAAAGGUAAUUAUGUAAUAGUUCCUGAAAUUAUGCCAUUUUAAUAUUCUUUUCUUCUCCACAUCCUUAAUGAUUCAACACUGUUUUGCAGUUAUAGUUUAAUGAAUUACAAACAAAUAAAGAAUUAUUACUGGUCAGGUACAGACUGACCAAGAGGGAACGUUUCAUAUGUAGAUGCAGUACUAAAAUGAAAGAAAAGAAUACGAGUUUAUGAAGAAUUAAGGCAAGUACUAAUAGUUUUAAGAAUCAUUUAUUGUAAUCAGCAGCUUCAGUUUGGAUGUAUUUAUUUGUUUUCCAUAUUUUAAGAAAAAGCUGUAGCAGUUAAGUAAAUCUUCUAGAUUUGGCUUCUGUGUAGGUGUCUAUAAAAAUCACUAAAAGAAGAUAUUUUUAAAAGACCAAAUAUUUUAUCAAGAGACUUAUUUUGUUUACAGAUAAUUUACAGAAAGAAAAUAAAAACUUUAUUUAAGUAAAGAUAGUUCAAAAGAAAUGAUAUCAGAAAACAUAUCAACCAGUUAAGUGUUAAAAUAAUAGAGAUAUAUAAUGAUGACAAUAAUAAUAAUUACAAUACACAUAAUACAGUAGACCUGGCUAAACAUUCUCUUUCUCAUGGCUUAAUCAGGAUCUUAUGCCACUAAAAGUGCCAACCAAUGGUUUUUGCAGCUGUGGCAUUUGACUGAAUGCUCCUUACGUGAAUUUCCAAUAAGAAUAAGCUCAGCAGUCCGGGUUAACAUGAAAGCAAUAAAACAGGACAGAGUGAAGACUGCGGCCUGAGUGCACGCAUCGCCAACAGAUUGUGCCAAGUGCACUCUUUAUUGGCCCCAGCCUGCACUCACAGAGUUCAAUUGCUCUCAAAAUAAAUUAAUACAUUAUAAAUGGGUUUCAGGCACUAAACAGUACAGUUCAUUACCAUAUACUUUAAUGUUAAUAAAAGAUGAGUCUACACAGACAAGACUGAUAUUCAGUCAGCCAACAGAAAGCUCUUUGUCGUUUUAUAAUAUUAGUGCUUUAAAAACAAUCUUUCAAAGCUCACAAAAUCACUAGUGACUUAGGCUUGGAUUACUUAAAAAAGACAUAGCACUGAUAUAGCCAUGAUAUUGUCCACAAAGGUAUUUUAUUUAAGGGCAACACAGUGCUGCUAUAUUUUUGUUUCUUUUUUAAAAACAUAUUGUGUAUUUUAAACCCAAAAGAAGAAGAGGGAUAUUCAAUAAAAGAGGAAAGAUUAUUGCUUCCUCCCAUCACCAACAUACCUAAAAUUGUUCUAGAAAGAUCUGAUUAUGUGUUAACUUUGAACAGUGCCAUUUCCCUGUGUGGAAUAAAUGACUUAAUUACAGUUGGAGUGUUGUAACUGCCAUCUUUUUAACAGGGUACAUCAUGGUUAUAUAUAUAUAUAUAUAUAUAUAUAUAUAUAUAUAUAUAUAUAUAUAUAUAUAUAUAUAUAUAUAUAUAUAUAAAUUGUCAUUCCAGCAUUUAAAGAAAUGAAAAAACAACAUUUGCACUGAUGUAGAUGAAUUUUUUCUUGCUGUAUCGAGAGUUGUACACAUAGGAUUAUCUUUCAGACUGUUUGACUUUUCAUUUAAUGAAUCUGCAAAGUAAGAGAAAAAUGUUUUUGCCAAAGGAUGUUGGAUGAGUGCAGAUGUAAGCAAAAUAAUGGUUUUAAUUACUUGUGUAAAAAUAAAAUAAAUUAAAAUAAAAAAGAAGGUUACAGUGUAACUGUUUUGGUACUAGACCCAGUUAACUCUGGCUGAAAGUUACAGGUUUAUGGAUUUGCAUCUAUUUUGUAUUUUUGUAAUAUUUGUAAAUAUGAACUUUUUAAAUUGUUGCAAAGAUGCUUUUUUUGUAAAAUGUUUUCAAAGUUUACAUUAAUUCCAAGCCUUUGUAUAUUUUUGAGCUGUGUAACACUUCAAGUCUUGUAUUUAUUUUUUAGUAAACAUUGUGAAAAUUCCAUUGUAAAUUCUCUUCUCUUACCCAUUCGCCAGGUUUCUGGCUGCUUAGUAAUUGUGCAUAGAAAAAGCCAAUAAAUGUGACUGCAUUCAAAAAUA